UCGUAUUUGUGCUAGUUUGAAGCUAUAACGUUAUGCUUUUAAUUCCUGUGUUUGAAAUCUGUUUAAAAAGAGCGACCUAGACAAUGUGUAAUGAAAUCUUUAUUUAAAAGAAGACAGGGUUUCGAACAAAAUUAUUAAAAUAAUGUAUAGUAUAUUGAGACAUUCGAUACUGUGCCUCCGCAAAACUGAUAUUCCACCUGUGUAAAUCUAUCCGUAAGCCACCUAUUUGGUGACACUUCGGGAAAGAUACCCAAGUUUCCAGAUGCAGGGCAGUUAUGUGCGUGUGUAAUGUGGCAGGUUAAAUGUCGGGGGAAACAUUUUCUACGUUAUGGAAAAUUCGUAUAUAUUAUACAAGUCUCAGAAAGGGGCUCUCUUUUUCAACAAGUUCUGACACUUGUUCAUGGUUGUAAUGUAAAUGGUGAGACUCGAACGCCAUCCGUCACGUGGUACUGUUACUUUGAAUCGGAGUCCGAGCUCUGGUUCCAAUCGUCCCGUAGUAAAUACUAGCUUCGAAGCAAAUGCUUCCGUACGCCCCACCGUGGUCACAUUUUGACCUACCAGCCGCGGCGCCAAGAAUAUAACGAUAGCGGAAUCGAAUCAAGGGAGAGGUCCAGUGCUUUGGAGUAAAUUAAACGAGCUAAAUAGAAAUGUUUGUGGCUCGUAGCAUUGCAGCAGAUCACAAAGAUCUAAUACACGAUGUUUCCUAUGAUUUUCACGGCCGGAGAAUGGCAACUUGUUCAAGUGAUCAAAGUGUAAAGGUUUGGGACAAAAGUGAAAGCGGGGAAUGGCACUGCACUGCCAGCUGGAAGACACACAGCGGAUCUGUGUGGCGUGUGACCUGGGCCCACCCUGAGUUUGGCCAGGUGCUGGCCUCCUGCUCCUUCGACCGGACGGCGGCUGUCUGGGAGGAGAUAGUUGGGGAGUCGAAUGACAAACAGAGGGGGCAGAGCCACUGGAUCAAGAGGACCACGCUGGUUGACAGCAGGACGUCGGUGACUGAUGUGAAGUUCGCGCCUAAAUACAUGGGUCUGAUGCUGACGACGUGCUCAGCCGACGGGGUGGUGAGGAUCUACGAGGCUCCAGAUGUGAUGAACCUCAGCCAGUGGUCACUGCAGCACGAGAUCUCCGGCAAGCUCAGCUGCAGCUGUAUCUCCUGGAACCCCUCCAGUUCUCGUGCUCAUCCGCCCAUGAUAGCAGUGGGCAGUGAUGAUAGCAACGUGACAUAUGGCGGGAAGGUCCAGAUCUACGAGUACAACGAAAACACAAGGAAAUACGCCAAAGCUGAGACACUGAUGACCGUGACAGAUGCCGUGCAUGACAUAGCCUUCGCCCCGAACCUGGGACGGUCCUUCCAUGUGCUCGCCAUAGCAACUAAAGAUGUCCGGAUCUUUAAGUUGGUCCCUCUGCGCAAGGAGAGCAGCUCUACAGGGCCCACCAAGCUGGAGGUUCAGAUCUUAGCCCAGUUCGACAACCACAACUCCCAAGUGUGGCGCGUCUCCUGGAACAUCACCAGCACUCUGCUGGCCUCCUCAGGAGACGACGGCUGUGUCCGCCUCUGGAAAGCUAACUACAUGGAUAACUGGAAGUGUACGGGAAUCCUCAAGGGAGACGGGAGUCCAGUCAAUGGGUCGUCGGGACAACCCAGUGCCAUGAACACUGUAGUGGGGUCCGCCGUCCAGGCCUCCCAGAAUGCACUGAACGGCUCUGCCGCAGGAAGGUAUUUCUUCCCUGCUCUAGACCCACCCAGGGCAGGGUCCAGGUUCGGCCAACUGCUGCCCCCAUCAACUCUGAUAGAGCAUUGUGAUGCCCAGUCUGCACAGACAGCUCCCCCAGUACACCCCGCCCCGCCAGGGCCAGUCAUCACCCUCCCCUCUGUCCCUGCAAAGACUGUCCACCACCUCUAAAGCCCUCAACUACCAGCCCUCACCUUCCCCUCUGUCCCUGUGAAGACUGUCCAGACCCUCUAAAGCCCUCAACUACCAGCCCUCACCUUCCCCUCUGUCCCUGUGAAGACUGUCCAGACCCUCUAAAGCCCUCAACACCCAGCCUGAACACUCCCCUUUGUCCCUACACAGACUGUCCAGCCCCUCUAAAGCCCUCAACACCUAGCCUGAACACUCCCCUUGCUCCCUGCAUAGACUGUCUUCCCCUCCAAAGCACUCAACAUGCAGUCUGAACGAGACAGCCUAUGGUACUGGCUAUGAUAAGGUAUGAUUAUUGAUGAUAUGGUACUUCUGGUGUUUAGGGUUAUCAGUGUUUUUUUUUAAAUUAGUUUCUGUUUUAUAGAUCCACUGUGGUUCAAACUCAAAUCACUCUGUGUCUUUAUAAGAUAGUGGCUAUAUUUUAUAGCGUUUUUGUGUGUUUUCACUCAAUGACUCAUUUUGUAGCAUUAAAAAAAGAAUGAAGGGUUAUUGCAUAUGUGAACUGGACUUAAAGUAAAUGUACAUUUGCUAUUUUUUAUUAUUAUAUCUGUUUUGGUAUUUGUUGUUGUUGACCAUAUUCAUCCCUUUUACAUUAAGCCCCAAUGCUGCUAAACACAACUUUUCCCCUCCACACACACACACGCAUGCACUCACACACACGUACUACACACGAAUGACUGUCACGUGAAUCAGUCGUUAUGAUGAUAGUGAAUCAGACUCGUCACAUGGACAAUGCCCCGGGUCCCUGUACAUUAGAAGCCUCGUUUCAGUAAAACACUACAGCAACUCUCUCUUGAAGACCUCAGGCGGAUGGGGUGGAGGACAUGAUGGCUGGUGUAAGUGUCCUACUGUGCAGCUGUCAGCUAUGUGUUGCCAGCAGCUGCUGUGUGAGAACAUAAUACUCCUCCCGCGAUGCCUUGAUCGCUCCUUGGAUUUGGGAUACAGUGGAUGGGUUUGAAUCCGUGCAACUAGCGUGGCCUUGUCCCCGGACCGAGAGCUGUGACCUUGCGGGAAAAGCAGUGUCUGCCUAGGGACACUUAAGCGUCUUCGGGGGGGGUCAUCGAGCGACGGCCUGUUUUACUUCAAUGCGAGGAACUGACCCCUCCCAGCCCAGGUAUUCACUGUUACUUAGGUUAUCCUCCAGUAGGUGGUGGGCAGGUCAAUAACGGCCCAAUGAUACUGUCACCUAAAAACAUUCUGUCCCAGUGUGGCGUGGCCCUCGGCAACUGGCGAUCUGUCCCAAAGAGGCAAACAAGAACAUGCUCAACAUGUAAGCCCACCCUGCACUGAAACUGUGCUUAUCCCCCUUCAUCUCUAGAAGUACUGAUGCUGUGAAUGUGUACACGUGUAAAUCUGCCUCAGUGUUCAACUUCCAUUAUCUUAACUUUUCUAAUAUCUUUACCACCCAUUUUUGUAUAUAGUUCUAUAUCAUGUUGGUGUAGAUUUUAUAUGUUUUGUCACUCUACCGGAACUAUUGCACCAAAUACAGUUCUGAGUAUUUGGA